AUGACACUUGGCAUUGAUGAAAUUGCUAGGUUGGCAGCAGAGGAAGCGAAAAAAGAACAAAAUCAAACGGAUGAUGGAUUUGCUCUUGGAACUGGACGAAGACCACAAGUAAGCUCGUCGUCAAGAGAAAAGGUUAAUUUGAAAAUAUAA